CAUCACCCCAGCAGCGUGCACGGACAUUUUGAUUAUGGGACGCUCACAAAACUGUGUCACGUGUUCUCGGUUCUGUACACGCAGCCACGCGCAUCAUGCAUGCAGCCAGCAUCAGGCGUGCGUCUUAGAGAACAUAGGAAGCAAUUCACGAGGAGCUUGACGCUGAACAUCAUCAUCAACAACAUCGAUCGUCGCAAAGGGGACAAGGGAGAGAGGCAAGGCGGUCGUAUAUGUCGCGUUGAGCUCAGACCAGACUGUAGCCACAAGCAAUUCCCGAUAGCUGCAGGGUUAUAAAGGUCUGCACAGACAGGAAGGACACGAGCGCAGCACCAACUACAUCCGGACCCACCCCAAAGGCAGGCUUCCCUCCUGUCCUCCCAUUGAUUCCUGGUCGACAGGCAUCCCAGCAUUUUCACCUCAUUGCAGGCAUGCUUCGAGCCACCACUCUGCGUGGCGAAACGGCUCUGAUGUCGGCUCUGCGAAUGGUCCACACCAGCAGCAGGCAAUCGCAGCACACUUUGCCUGUCAUUUGCGCUCACAGCCCCCGUUGGAUCGCUGCCCAGCCAGAACGUUUUAGGCGGUGUGCAAACCCGAGCGCACCGCAUGGACGUCAUUUUGCGACUUCCGCAAGAGUCUCCGCGUCGGGAUCAGAGACCGCUCGAGCUCAGGAAGAAAGCGUGGAGCUUCCGCCGACGUUGAACAGCCUCGUGAAAGCUUGUCGGAAUGAUGCCGAUCGAGAUCGCGGGGAUAGCUAUCUUCAGGGCGCGAAGCCGGUCAAGGUAAGAGGCUGGGCCAGGAGCGUCCGAGACCACCGCAAAGUGAGCUUUGUCUCCUUGGUGGAUGGAAGCAUGUCAGCGGACAAUCAUCUGCAGAUUGUCUUGUCACCUCAGCUCAGAGAAGAGCUUGGGAGCAGACUUAGUCCGGGCGCAUCCCUGGAGAUCGAAGGUGCCCUAUGCGAGGUCAGGAAGAAGGAUGGAAGGGCGAGCGGAGGCGAUGAUGUAGAAUUGAGAGCUACCUCUGCUCGCGUAGUAGCAGUUUGUGACUCUGCUUCUUAUCCAGUGCCACUCCAAGGCGAGAACAAUCCGACUGAGACCUUGCGAGCGCACGCCCAUCUUCGUUCGCGCGACAUGAGGCACGCAGCUCUGCUUCGCUCUCGAGAUUGCCUCGAGCGAGGCCUGGCUGACUACUUUGCGAGAAACGAAUUCAUCAAAGUUACCACUCCGAUCAUCACCUCUUCGGACUGUGAAGGUGCCGGAGAAGUGUUUCAGAUUGUUGCUGACUCAGAUCUGAAGAAGGUGGAUCAGCCGAAGGCUGGCGCUGCAGAAAUCUCACCAGCGGAGAAUGGCAUGGAUCACGAGCAUUCGACCAACGCUGAAACAUCACAGCCGACCACAUCGGACAACCAACUGCAAGCCUUUUGGUCCGGUCAACCAGCAUAUCUGAGCGUCUCGGCGCAAUUACACCUAGAAGCCAUCAUGCACGGACUGAAUCGGAUCUGGACGCUUUCACCGGCUUUCAGAGCGGAAGGGAGCGCUACCAACCGUCACCUGGCCGAAUUUUGGAUGGCGGAGGUGGAGAUGGUCACCUCAGAUGAUCCUCAGGUGGCGCUGGAGGAGGUCAUGACGAUCGUUGAAGGAUCCGUCAAAGCGUCUGCCCUCGCGCUUUUUGGUGCUGAGUGGCGCGAGCCUGCGACGCUGUUUCUGGGAGGCGAAGGCGACGAGGAUGCGGACUUCUUGAUCGGAGCUCCGCCAGCGAGAGAAUUUCGGAAUUUAAGCUGGGAUGUGUGGGAAGAGAAGCAAAAAAUCAAGGAGUUGAGUCUUUCGCGACCUCCAAGUGCCUUGGACGAGAUUCCGUUCGACCGACCAUGGACUCGAAUGACGUAUUCGCAAGCCAUCACGCAGCUGCGGCAAAUACAUGAAUCUGCAGGAUUCCGCACGGAGCCGAUAGCCGGUCAGCCUCUGGCCACGGAGCACGAAGCAGCAUUGGCAGAGGAUGGCCCUGUUUUCAUCACGCACUAUCCUGCUCACAGCAAGCCAUUUUACAUGCGCGCCUCUGCAGGUGCUCCGUCCAGCGAUCAGGGGGGGAGCGAAGGUUACACAGGACCGACUGUGGACUGUUUCGACCUGCUAGUCCCUGGGAUGGGCGAGCUGGUAGGAGGGAGCCUUCGAGAGACACGCCCAGAAGUCAUUCAAGAAAAGCUGAGUUCCUUGGGCUGGAGCGAGAAGGCUAAGAAGCAGAUGGAAUGGUAUGCUUCGGAUCUGAGAAGAUUCGGCACCGCUCCCCAUGGCGGAUUCGGGUUGGGGAUGGAACGGCUACUCAGUUGGCUCACCGAUACCUCGAACCUCAAAGACUGUGUCACCUUCCCUAGAGUCAAGGGACGUGUACGAUAUUGACAAUCAUAGCACCAACACGCAAGAAUGCCACAGGAAGUAGACAUUGAUUACUUAGGAGCGACAGAGGGGUGGUGGUCCGGCCACCACGCUUGAUGCCGUGAUGGUGUAAAACGGAGAGUAUGUGUACAAAAGAAUGUGUUUGCUCAAGAGCAGCCAAGCUCGGCGAGCGCAGCGUUAUUUUCCGCGUACCUUUGGGCCGUAAGGCGCGGGGCCAC